AUGUCCUACAAUCAAUACGGCCGUAGCCACCAGUACGGCGCGCCACCAGGCUACGGUGGCUAUCCAGGCGGCAAUGCGCCUCCUGGUAUGGGAGGACCUCCUGGUCCAGGAGGACCACCUCCUGGCAUGUCUCCCGCCCCAGGCAUGUCCCACCCUCCCGGGAUGGCUCCCCCUCCGGGACUCCAUCAGUAUAACGCACCCCAAACUAAUCGACCAAGUGGCCUACCCCCCAAUUUCCAAGCGCCCCCGAACAUGCCGAAUAUCAACUUCAACGCGCCCGUGAUUCGCCUCGGGACGGCUGGGCAAGGCAAGAUGAACACGCCGACGCAGGAACCCGAUAGGCCAUCGCAUGGUGGUUCUGGGCGUCCUGGAUUGGGGAUGGAGAGGGGCGGCCAAGACCAGGGCAGGCAGGCUAAAGAGACACCUCAGGUUCUUAUCCCCCCCACGAGCGAGGAGAAACUACGCACAAUCUUUCUACAUCAAUUACCUGAGAGUCUUAGCGUCGGGGGCGGUGUCGAGAAGGUACUUGGUGCUCUCGGUAAGCUGAGGCGCUGGGAUCCCUUCCCAAGCAUAUUGGACAGCUCGAAGCCUUCUACUUUCGGAUUCGCCUUGUUCGAGGAUGCCCAAUCACUGUCGACAGCAAUCAAGCUACUCCACGAUGAAACCGUCUACGUACCUGUCAAGCGGCAAUCAUCGACAUCUACCGAAACUCCAGAAGACGACACCUACGAGGAAUUUGAAAAGACUCAGGUGGAGGUUGCGGUCGACCCAAGCACGAGUAAAUACAUCGAGUCGUGGGAAGAAGAGAACACGAAUGGCGAAGAAAGGGAACAGCGCCUAGCAGCUGCUCGUAGCGCUCUGAAGACCGUCGUCAAGGAGCUCUUCUACCCCCCAGCUGGGACUAGUGUUGAUGCUGAGGGUGAUGUGUCUAUGAAGAACCAGGAGAAUGGGGAAAACGUCGAGAUUGUCAACAUUAAUAUCGCCCAGGAUGACGAGUUGGCAGACAUUCCUGCCGAGAUGCGCGAGGUCGUCUCUCAAGAAAUUGCGGCUUUCCGAGAGCGAAGUAUACAGCGGGAUAUGGAGAGACUGAAGAAGGAGGAGGAGAUGGAGGAACUAGAACGGCAGCGAAGCGGUGCUGGCACACGACCAUCCCGUCUGGCAUCACCGCCUGUCGGGGCAGGGGCCAACUCUAUGCCCUUGGGCCCCAGGGGUGUCCCCAAUGCCCCUCUUGGUCCAAAGGGCCAGAGCAGCAAUGGCCGGGUCGCAUUUGUCAACGGCGGAAUCAGCAAUACCGAGUACAGCGUGAACCAGGACGACGAGGAUACCGAUGCCGACGACGAAGAGCUCUACCGCCGAUAUCAAUCCAAGCAGAAAGCCGAGGCCGACAAGUCCUAUCUCGAAGCGGAACGAAAAUGGGCUAAUCGUGAACGAUCGAGGCAGGCAGCACUUGAGCGUGAACAGGCCCGAGAGAAGCAGGAGGCCGAGUCACUGGAGCGCCGGAAGGAAGAACAAUUUGAGCGCGAGAAGUCGUGGGAUGAUGAGCGAGAGUCAAGCCGCAAGUCACACCCAUACUAUCGGGACCACGCAAACUGGGUCAGAAAACGAGUCAUGGAUCGUGGCGACGAGGAGUCUCGAGACGAGAGCGACCGUCGCGCAGAACAGGACGAGAAGAGACGCGAACAGGCCAAUGCAGAUCGGGCCCGGGGUAUGGCAGACUCCUUCCUGGAGCAGCAAGCCCAGGAGCUCGAGCAGCAACAGCAGACAGAGUCUGCACCCCAGCCAUUCAAGCUUUCUUUGGGAGCAGCUGCUCAGAAGGCCCAGGCUUCACGUGGAGGAGCUCAGCGACGAACAAUCGCUGAGGUUGAGGGUCUCCUGGAUGAUGAAGAGGCCGAUACAUCCACCAAGCGACAGCUUAUUCCGAUCCAGUUUGAGCCCACGUCCGGCUCCGCGGGCAUGACGGACGAGGAGAUCUCGCAGGCAGUGCGGUCGCUCGCCCAGGAGAUCCCGUCAGAUAAAGAGGGCCUGUGGAGCUGGGAGGUCAAGUGGGACUUUAUGGACGACAGCGUGAUCCGGAGCAAGCUGCGGCCGUUUGUGGAGAAGAAGAUUGUCGAGUAUCUCGGUGUGCAGGAGGAGAUGCUGGUGGAGACGGUCGAGGACCACCUCCGCAAUCAUGGAACCGCAGCGGCUCUUGCUGAUGAACUUGAAGGGGCUUUGGACGAAGAAGCCGAGGACUUAGUGAAGAAGCUCUGGCGCAUGGUGAUCUUCUUCACAGAGUCAGAGAAACGAGGUCUACCUGCAUAG